AUGGCAAGAACCCUGAAUUUGUUUCUGUUAUCAGUUCUGUUCCUAGGUUUGCCAUUCCCUUACGCAAGCGCGAAUGCAUAUGAAACGCAAAAGAGUUCGUACCCAAAACCAUACGCACCACAAAAGAUGGAAACAGAUGUGGUUGUAGAAGGGAUGGUCUACUGUCAGAGCUGCAAGUACUCAGGAUCAUGGUCUUUCGAAGAAGCUAAGCCCAUUGAUGGUGCUAUAAUCAGUGUUAUUUGCAGGAAUCACAGGGACAAAGUAAGCUACUACAAGGCCUUCACUACCUCUAAAGAAGGCUACUUCUAUGCUCAACUUACUGGAUUUUCAAUGAAGAAUCCAAUUCUGGAUCAUCCCCUUCAGGCUUGUGUAGUGAAGCUGGUUUCUUCCCCUAUUGACAGCUGUGAUGUCUUCACUAACAUCAACUAUGGUGUCAAUGGAGCUCAUCUUCGGUUUGAGAAGAAGAAGAUUAUGACAAAGAAUUACAAAGCUGCCAUCUAUGCUGCUGGCCCCUUGGCUUUCCGCCCUGAAGAUUGUACUCCUGACCAAUACUGAUUUUUUUCGAAACACCUCUAUACUUAAUUUUUGUGUAUUUCUUCUGUGAUUUUUGUAGGUUCUUGUCUAAAUAUGAGAGCCAUUUGACUGUUCUUGAAUCAAGUUAUUAAGUAUUAACAUUU